GCCGCGCAGGCCGCACAUGCGCACCAGGCCCACCGCACCAGGCCGCAGGCCCGCACGACCCCCCGCGCUGGUUGCGCACGCAUAGACCCCCACGCACCAGGUCCGCCGCACGCCGUUGCCAGGUUGCACCGGGUACACGCACCAGUUGCGCAGGCCUGUUGCGACCCCCACCAGGCCGCCCCACACGCACCAGGCCCCUGCCCACCUUGCCGGGCCUCCGCGCGCUCCCGCACUGGGCCUCUGGUGUGCCGCGCGUCGGUUCACAUCUGGCCGCCUGGUACACGCCAGGCAUCACGCCAGCGGCCCGCAUCGGGCCCCACGCAGGCCCACGCGGCAGGCCACGCAGGCCCCCACGCAGGAAACCACGCACGCACCUCGACCGCGCCGACCACACACACCAGGCCGCAGGCCACGCAGGCCGCACGCAGGCCCGCAGGCCACACGCAGGCCCCACGCAGGCCCCGUGCUGCAGGCCCCCCACGCACGCACGCGUCAGGCGCUCGCUGCUCUUGAUCUUCGCGCCGCCGCCUAAGACCACCGCCGCGCAUCAGACCCACCGUCGCCCGCGUCAGGCCCCCGCACCAGGCCCUCACCGACCACGCGCCGCGCCAGGCCUCUUUGGUCCCGUUGCUGCCUCACGCCGGUCUGCCAGGCCGCGCAGUCCUCACGCACCAGCCGCAGGGCGCUCCCCAGCCACGCCGGGCCGCACGCGCCGACCGCGCGCCGCCGCGCCGCGCCAGAUCUUUUCCGCGCACCGGGUUAUCGCCGCGCGCCAGUCCCGCCUUUGCGCAGGCCCAGGCCCUCUGCCGCGCCGCACCGGUUUACCGACCCUUGCCGGGCCACGCACGCAGGCCCCAGGCCCCUGCACCAGGCCAUGCCAGGCCACACGCAGGCCGCACGCAGGCCCACCAGGCCGCACCGAGCCCGCUCACCAGGCCGCACGCACGUCAGAUAUUGCCCACUGA